GUGGGCCCGGAACUCGAAGACGGAGGCCGAAAAAGUUGAGGGGCGGGGGAGGAGGAAAAGCUGUGCGCAGUGUUGGAGCCACGUGAUGAGGUUGUCGGGGCCUCUGCCGUUUCAGCCGCAGGUUGCAAGUGUCUCCUCGAGGCUCUACUGAUCUAGAGCUGCCAACCUACAUACCACGGACACGCCUCACCAACAUCCCAGCUGGGGUUCAAGUAAGCUCGCCGUAAGAUCGCGUUCUCCUAUGGAGACAGAGAAAGCAACCAAGCGCCUCUAUGUGGGAGGCCUCAGCCAAACCAUCUCCCAGGCAGACCUGCAGCAUCAGUUCUCCAGGUUUGGGGAUGUGAGCGAUGUGGAGAUGAUCACACGGAAAGACGAUCAAGGGAACCCAACGAAAACCUUCGCUUACGUCAACAUCAAGACAACAGACCUGGAAUUUAAAAGAUGCAUGUCGCUUUUAAACAAAACCAAGUGGAAAGGUGGUACGCUACAAAUUGAGUUGGCAAAAGAAAGUUUUUUGCACAGAUUGGCCCAGGAGAGGCAAGAAGCAAAAGUAAAGAAAGAAAAGCCCUUAAGGGUUCAGCAUGCAGACCGAUUGGAGUCAUUAAGAAAAGCUGGCGUGGUGGAUUUUCAUAUGAAAGCGGUGCCAGGGACAGAAAUACCCGAUAAUAAGGAUUGGGUUGUGAGCAAAUUUGGCAGAGUCUUACCGGUCCUUCAUCUCAGAAGCCAAACCAGACGCAAAAUCAUAAAAUAUGAUCCCUCAAAUUACUGCCACAACCUAAAAAGGUUGGAACAAGCCUUCACGGACACCGUUCCCAUAGGCAGCCUCACUUGGCAGCUGGAAGGGGGGGAUGAUCCAAUGAGCAAGAAACGCCGAGGGGAGUUUCCCGUUUUCCACAACCGGUACCAGAAGAAAGCGAGGAUACGAGGAAACAAGGAUAUUAACGGCGUUCCGGCUCAAGGUCCAGAUCUUUUAGUGACAAACCAAAAUUUGAUUCGAGAAAAAUCCAUCCAGAAGACACAUUUCACAUCAAAUGGUCUGCCCAAGUUGCUGCAAAUUCCUAAUAAUAAUAAGUCAGAGGAGAGAUUCCUUCAGACUUCUGCCCCUGAACCCGUCGAGAAGGUAAAUAGCAUGUCUGAUGAGGAUUUUGAUUCCGAAGAAGAAUUCAGAGCAGCGGUAGCAAGAGAGAAAACGUUACGGAGAGGGACACCAGACGCGGAGCCUGAAGAUGACCCCUUAGAGAUCGUAAGUGAGCAUUUUGAACUAAAACUCAGCACUCACUGGUCUCUAACAAAUUCCGAUAUCAAGAAGAAUGCCUUUUGUGGUGGUAAGGGUGAAGGAGAUGAUGAUGAUAACAGUGACUGUGACUCAGCCGACACAGACGAGAUAAUCGCCACGAAGAAACCCCCGAGUAAAAGCAGGGACAGCCAGGACUAUUCCAAAUCUAAGUCUAAACCCGGGCCAGAAGAGAGAAUAGUGUCAAAAGAGAUGCCAAAGCCUAAGGCUUCUGGCAGCCUGUCAGUCGGCAAAGUUAAGUCUCCCCAUUUUAAAGGACAAAGCGAUAACACAGAAAGCCAGUCUGACUCCACUGGGAGCGAAAGUGACUCGGACACCAGUGAUUCGGAUGGAGAUAUGGAUUAUGAAGCCAUGAUGCGGAACUGCUAUCACCUGGACCUCACGUUAGAGGACCUGGAAAAACUGGCCGGCGGUGAUCUCGAGAGUUCGGGAGAAGGCACCCAGAGUAAACCCUCCGGGACUACAAAGAGAGGGGUCAAGGUUGACGGGGAAAGGAACGGAAGGGCCUCCACGCCGGUCCGAAAGCCGACGAGGUGUAUUAAUCCUGAAGAUAUCGUGGCUUCUAUUUUAGAAGGGGAGGAGGACGUUAGUGAUGAUCGGGUACCGAAGCGAAGCACUGCCGAGUCCAAAUUUCAGGCUUUCAAAGGAAUAGGAUCGCUCUAUCGAGACAAGACCCUUGAGAAGCACCAAAGGGAAACCGCUGCCUCCUCAGAGAGAAAGAAAGAGUUGACGUCUGCGAGCCCCGCACCUUCCGGUACCGUCGUCCCCGAGGAGGACGGCUCCUCAUCCCCUGACCUCUCUUGGGACGGUGAAACGGCCGACGGCCGACCACAGGUCGUCACCGAAGCAAGGAGUGUGAAAGGCACUCGGGUCGGCCCGGGAAAGCUUCAGAAGAGGAAAACCUCAUCAGCAAGCAAAGCCCCAAGUUUGGAAAGUGCCGAUUCCAGAUCCCCUCCGUUCGGAGGCAUCAAAUCCACUAGCGCCAGGCCCGGGACCCCGGGGACCGGCUUAAGGGAUGAAGACGACGGUAGCCACAACCAGCCUGGCUUGCCAGGUUCGGAGGAGGAUAGCAGCGCCGCGCGCCCGUCCGUGACUCCCUCGGUACAACAGAGCCAGAAAGUAACGAUACCGAAAACCCCCGUUAAGAAACUGGUGAAGGACUCGAUCGAAAAAGGCUCUACGGCCUCAGCUGUGCUAAGCCACGGGACGAAGGCAGAGCCCCUGAAGAGCACAGCUGACUUCAUCCUCCCUGUUAAUACCGUCCACGGUGCUGAAGCAAAAGACCAGCAUUUGCAGGAUAACCAGAAGCGUUUAGCGGCCAUUCAGGAGAGACAGAGAGAGAGAGAGAUGCAGAAGAAGCUGAUUCGGGGAGCGCUGUCAAGCCUGGACGGCCAGGUAGAAAGUAAGUCAACCCACAUCAUCUUUAAUUCCGAUGGAGAAAGCGAAGCCGAAGAAAAGCUCAGCAACGAAGAAUGUGAGUGGACAAAAGAAAAAAAACGGGAAUUUAAAAGUAGAACUUCCGGGAAACUGUUCGAAAGCAGUGAGGAUGAGGGGGAUGAAUCAGAGGACGACGGUGACAGAUUCAAAAUUAAACCGCAGUUUGAAGGCAAGGCUGGACAGAAGCUCAUGAAUUUGCAGUCCCGCUUUGGGACCGAUGACAGAUUUCGCAUGGAUUCUAAGUUUCUUGAGAGUGACAGCGAAGCGGAAGAUGCAGAAGAGGUAAAGAAAGAGACGACGGCAGAAGAAGAAGAGCUUGCGGAAGAGAAAAAGAAAAACCUGGAUGUUUUACAGAGUAUUUUGCACAUCGACCUCCAAACUCCAAAAUUAAGCAAGCAGGCGUCGGCAGCCAGGGAGUUCAAGGAUAUGAAUAGCAUGCGCUAUGAUCCAACAAGGCCGGACCAUGUAGCAUUUGAGAAAAAAGUGAACGGCGCGUCAAAGGAAAGCAAAGCUAAGAGAAAGAAGAACCGGAUAGAGGCCGAGAAGCUACCCGAAGUAUCUAAGGAAAUUUAUUACGACGUCGCCGUGGAUUUGAAAGAUUUAUUUGGAUCCACGAAAUGUAGCGUGGAACAGCCAGAAAAAAUACCUUGGGACAGAAGUGAAGUCGAAGACUCAAUUGAGGCUGACCCCAAACCUUUAGCUCAGAACAAUGUGGAAGAGGAAUCAGCUGGGUUUACGUUUUCAUUUUUUGGUCCUGACACAGAAGAAGUGAAAGAAAGUAAAGAAGAGUCCUAUAAAGUCGAAAUGAUAAAGCCGGGAAAAGUUGUAUGGCAGGAGGAUCCUCGUUUCCAGGAUAGCAGUUCUGAGGAGGAAGAGCAAGAAGAGGAGGAGGAGCAGCAGCUCGAAGAAGUGGAUGGGGGACGGCCCAGCCUUGGGCUUCCAUCUUUACCUGAGAGACAGACCGUUAGAUUUUUCUUCUUUUCCCGAGAUGACGAAAGACUCCGUGAGGGUUGUGAGCUGUUUUGGCGCAAGUCAGUACAUCAAGAAAGCAGAGAUGCGUGGGAAGCCAGGAGCAGUGCUCUACUUGUGGAAUGCCGGAAGAAACAUAAAGAUGCCAGAAGAAAAGUGAAAGGCAAACAUUAAUUGCCAGCCUCAGUCAUUUUUAUGGGACGGUUUUUCCUAAUAAAUACAUAUUAUAAAGCCGAGUGUGACUAGGAUUCAUUAUUUAGAGGGUUUUUUGUUUUUUUUUAGCUUUUGGUGGCACCGGAUCGUCUAGACUGUGAGCCCGUCGUUGGGUAGGGAUUGUCUCUAUCCGUUGCCGAAUCGCACUUUCCAAGCGCUCAGUGCAGUGCUCUGCACACAGUAAGCGCUCAAUAAGUAUGAAUAAUUUUCACACCACAAGGAUGCCCAAAAAAAUCCUCAAAUAUCUUUGUACGAACCACAGAAUAGGACUUUGGCUGUGUGGGAGAUUUCCUGUGCAUGACCUAUUGGGUGAAUGUUGAAAGAUACUGUAACAUAGCCUUCUAAAAACAUGUUUUGUGGUCCAGACGGUUUUUUGACUUUUCAAAGUAAAUAUGCAUUAUGCUUGUAAAUAAUGGAAACCAAAACAUAUUUAUUCUCUAGUUGUAUAACCAUUUUUCAUUAAAAAGAAAAUUAAACUCGGAACCACA